AUGUUGGGCAGGACAUUACUCAGAAAUUUACCUUGUCUAUCCACUCAACAGAUAUCAAGUCGAUUGCUCACAGUGCAAAAUAGUUUGCUACAGAACGCAGAUACACAGUUCCACCCUUCAUCAGACUCAGUCCAUGAAUUGCCCUUCGCAUCAACCAACCGCAGGAAAUCACUUAUUAAUAUAGAUUUCAGCAUUAAUCGGGUCUGCCUUAGUGGGACGGUCACAGCCAAACCGUUUUUUGGAACUUCUCGAAACGGUACUAAAUUCGGAGUCAUUCGGAUUUGCUCAAACUCAUUUGGGGGCCAUUAUGACUUUCGAGUGAGACUGGGAACGCGAACUUCAAUUGCGUAUUGCAGAGAAAAUGUGGGAGAAGGGUCCCAUUUGUUUGUGUUUGGUCGUUUGGCUACUUUUCCAAGAAUCGCUGCGGAUGGUACACAAGGUUCUAGUGGGACAAUAAUGGCAUCUCGUAUAUCAGUGGAGAAGAAUUCUGUUGUUGUUGGAGAGGAACAUUUAGAGGAUGAUGAAUUGUCUAUUGUAAUGUCGUCAAAUCCAUUCGAUGAUAAUUAUAUUGACCCUAGUGUUUAUGAUGGACCUAUAAAAAGUUACACAACUGUAACCGAAAGCAGUACUGAUGGGAAAUUGGAUGACAGCAUUAAUUUUUAUGAGCAGGAGUUGGAACUUUAUAUGCAUCAGUCUCUGGACAGUACGCAACGGGCAACAAAGAAUUUAGAGCAAAGCGAGCAGAUCGGCAUAGCUGCUGCUCAAGAUUUAAUCACACAAAGAGAAAAGUUAGAACGCACCGAAAAGAAUCUUGAUGAUAUUGAUAAAACAACGAAGAUGACUCAGCGUAAUCUGAAUAGUUUAAAAUCUGUUUUUGGGGGUUUUUUCAAAAAUAAAUUUUCAAGAGCGCCCAAGGAUGAACCACAGAUAUCACCAUCAAAAUCAGAUUCAGUUCUCGGGAGUACGGUGGGUAAACUAAAUAUUUCUGCUAGCGCAGGUCAUAAUUAUUCAUAUACCACCAUGUCUGCAUCUGGUCCAACACUAAGUGAAAGUUCACGAGCUGCUAUAAAAGGAACACGUUGGGAGGCUAUGGAUAACGAGAUUGAUUCUAAUCUUGAUUUAAUGAGUUCCCAACUAUCUCGUUUGCGUAUGCUUGGUGAAGCCAUUGGAGAAGAAGUUGAAUCGCAGAAUGAAUUGUUAGAUCGAAUUCAGGUCAAAGCAGAAAAUGCUGAUACACGUGUUAAAGAUCAAGAUAAACAAAUGAAAAAGUUACUUGGCACUGCAGAUAAAGAUGAUUUGCAGUCUUCACUCCCGUCUGUUAGCAAGAAAAGACUUAUGUAUAAUGCAGUCAAAAGCGCUUUCUGA